CAUUAAUCUAGAAACCCUUGUCAUCAUUUGUUGAUUGUCCAUUUUGCAGUUUUACAACAACAUUAAUGGCGGAAAUCGACAAAUACAUUUUAUUUGAAGCGCUGUUACUGCUUUUCUCACAUUCAGUUGGAUGUGUCGACAAUGUCCAAAUGACCUUUGUAGAUAUUUUGGUCAUUCAUUCCGGUUUUUUAAACUCCUCCUUCGGACUUAUUAACACGGUUCAGUCCGGCGUUCACAAGGCUAAUGCCGUCUUGCAGCAUGCCAAUGUGGAGUUCACGCCAUAUUUUAUUCCCAACAUCUCCAAAUGGGAUUACGACACUAGUCUGUCCGACAACAUAGAACAUUUAUUAGCUAAAGAGUACUACGAAAGUUUAAAUUUCUCCCAUAAAACUAUCGUCAUCUCUCUGAACUGCACCGACGAUCUGCGGAUUGGGAAUAUGACAAAGUUCUGGGAUAUUCUUUAUGUAACCACCGGAAGGCAGUGCAAGCAGUAUCCGGCUGCUCAUGAAGUGUAUCUCGGUAUGCAGUCUACGGAGAACUACGCGCAAAUCCUGUUGGACGUUUUACGUCUGUAUCGCUGGUACAAUGUGUUCUUCUUCGUCGAUAACGCGUUGGACAUUUUCUUGGAGCUGUACGCUGCCGCCCGUGCAGCAAUCAGCCAGUUCGACGAUAUGGAUACCUCAGUGCAGUUUUUCACUGGGCAGGAUUUAAAUGCUUCUAUGACGCAAGAUCUCCUUUACACAUUCAAAGAGCAAUCUCGAAUUCUGAUUGUCAUUUCUCCGGGACUGAUAUUGCGGAGCGUCCUGAUUGAAGCGGCUCAUUUGGGAAUGACCAAUGGACAAUUCAUGUACAUUGGUAUGGAGAGAUGGCUUCACGGGGAAAAAGACUUCCACUGGGAACAAGGAGAUAGCUUUGACGCAAUCGCGCGUUCUGCUUUCCAAUCGCUCCUGAUCAUUUCUUCUAUACUGAACAAAGGUCUCAACUUGCAUCAAUUAAUGGAGAUGAGGGCGAUGGCGACAGCGACCGCUGUUCAGGCCAUCGCUCAGGUCUUGAACGAUCUACCACAUUCAUUACUUGAUACCGGAAGCCAGUUAUCGACCCAUUUUGCCCACAAGACCUUUUCCGGUAUUGCGGAUCAUUUGGUAUAUGUAUCACAGCAGCGUUUGCGGGUGACCAACAUGACGAAUGCAUUAGUCUGGAAUGUGCGCACUGGCACUUUUACCAACAUCCAUCAGAUUUGCUGGCCUAAUGGUGUUGGACCGCCAGAGAAUGUUCCGCGCUGUGGAUACCGUGGCGACGAAGCACCAUGUCAAAUGUUUUCACUCCACUACCAAGGACUAUUCGCCGGUGUUGUCGGCACGUUAUACCUGUGCGGAGUGGGCUAUGUCCUGGCGACUAUGCGGAUCAGAUCGCAUAACACACGCGAUGACCGCUGGUGGGACAUUAAGAUGAGCCUAAUCACACGGGUCGCCCAAGCGCAUCAUAACGUGUCCACGCGAAAUCUCCUGACAGGGAUGGCGUCGGAUAAAGAUCGCACCGCGGCAGCUAUCGCGGGCGACAAGUUUGUUGGGCAGGCAUUAUUGCACAACGAGAAUGUUUGGAUCAAGUUUAUCUACUUCAACCCGAUGAAUGUAUCAGCCUCGGCUAACCUGAUCGUAACAGCAGCGACACGAACACUUCUCCAAAACCUUGGUAACUGUCUGCACAUCAAUGUGUGCAAAUUCUACGGUCUUUUUACGAUUUCCACGGGAUAUUCUCAACGUGUUUACGCGGUUGAUGAGUACUGCGAACGGGGAAAUCUGCACGGAUUGCUGGAGAUCCGUAAUUUGGACUGGUCGUUUCGCUCGUCGCUCAUGGUUGAUCUGCUCGAAGGCAUGGCGUAUAUACAUUCCAAACCAAUUGGCUACCAUGGACACCUCAACGAGUUUAAAUGCCUUAUCAAUCGACGUUUCAUGCUGAAGAUCGGCGAAACCGGGCUGGACCGGAUCAAGCGCCAGUUACUCGCCAACUCGUACACGGGAACGGCUGAUAUGCCGCCGAACAAACUGUAUUGGACGGCACCAGAACUGCUGCGCAAUGCGGCACAACCCAACCAAGCGACGGACGUGUACUCAGUAGGCAUACUUUUGUAUCAGAUGCUGGUGUGGACCGAGCCCUACGACGAACAAACGGAGCAAUAUACUAAUUACAUAAUAUAA